AUGUCGAAGCUUCAACUCUCAGGUGUGUCACCAAAACAGACAUCGCCGUCACCUACCUCCAUGACCUCACCCCAUUUCUUACACCCAAAUCUACCGGACCCUUCAUCAUCUUCGCUACGCCGCAAUACAUCUCGCUCGUCACAGCAUGAGGUGUCCAUACCUUCACCCCGUCCUCCCAUGCCCAACAGCUCAAGGUCAAGCUUCAAGGUAGUCUCACGGCAUAAUUCUGUGAAGUCAAAGGCUGGUCAUGGGAAAGAGGUAUCCAACCAGUCACAGCACAGUGAGGACGGUGUCAAGUCUCCAAUGUCAGAGAGCAGCAGUGUUGAAGUAGUACGGCUCGGGGAGGAUCUGGGUGCACAAAUCGCUCUGGACGAGGGCGAAGAUAUCGGUCUGGGGAUAUCUCAACGGGGGCCAUACUAUCUUCUUGGGUCGACAAAUCGGACGCGGAGUCGAAGCAUCGGAGAGAAUGAUAGUCCCGGAGAAAAUCACGGUCAGCAAAAUACCCCUCGAAGCUCUAAAUCCCAUAACCCUGCAACCCGUGAUAUCACCCCAAUGAACAGCCCACUACCUCCACCUGCUGGCAUGUCUCGUCGUAUAUCAUCGCUCGGCACGACAGUGCAGACCGGAGACUCUUCACCUUACCCUCAAGGCACCUCUCCAGUCGUUUCCACUCACACAUCCCCCGAAUCUGGCGAUGAGAACUCAAACCGUACGCCAUCCGUCACAUCGAUACAUUCAGCUGCGGGUCGAAGCUACAGCGUCCAACAACGACCGUCCAACCACCUGGUGCCCCCUGCUCCUUCGGUAAUGGUCCCACUGGCCGACGACUCACCCCGUUUGGCUCGGCCUACUGCUUCAACAAGCUCAUUGGAUAAGAUAAAAUCCGGCUCGGACCUUUCGCCUAAAGUCAGUCUGCGCCGACAAGGCUCAGGUGAUGCAGAAGACUUGAAUCGACAACGUCCUCGGUCUCAUAGCAAUGCCUCGAGCAUAAGCAGCAAACUUGCCAGACUACUUCGAACCGGAAGUCAACGUUCGCGCCGUCCCCCUGAUAAAGAACUACUCGCUGCGUCAGACGUGGAAGAGUCAGGUAUCGCCCCUUCCGCUGCUUCAUCUUCUCCGGCAGAUGUGCUCGGUCGAAUCAGCUUGGAUGAACCUCCUCGCCUGCCUUCAGAAACGUUUGAAUCAGGUUCUUACUCGUCUCAAAGAGGUUUCGCACCAAGCCCUGAGCGAGGGAUGUGGAAUUGGGAUUCUCGUCUUCGUUCCGGCCCUAUGCGUAGGAACUCGAAUUUGAGCGAAGAGUAUACUCGACCGAUAGAUCGUGCUUUGGAUGAAGAAGAGGUUGAUUGGAACGGGCCCAUAUCCGACGAUGACGAUUAUGAUGAAAGUUCCUCAUCCUCACGGCCAAUCCCACCCAGUGCGCCCAACUUCACUCCCAGCUGGCGGAGAAAUUCCCGUGACACCCUUGGCCUUGACAUCCAGCUGCCUACCGCUCAGCCGGUCGCCGUCACGCCAUCACUCGAUCCAAUACCCGACGGAUCUCCCUUGUCCAACCUCUCUGUACCUCCGCGACCAGCUCCGAUCAGUAUUUCUUCCACCGAUAGCAUGCAAUGUACACCGUCACGAGCCAGUUCACGAUUAUCACAAUCUCCAUACCGAUCUACCUUUGCUGGCGAUCGAGCUAAAAGUCCUCUGGGUGUGCCAGAAGAUAGUCCAAGGCGUCUUGCUUUGAGUCGUCAGACCAGUGCAUCGAUACUCGAUGACGACGAAGAUGAAGGUUUGGCUAUAUCCAUCGGGAGUAGGAGAGGUAGAAAAGGUUCCAUGUUGGGACGUCGAGCGGAUGAUUAA